AUGCUCGAACGUGGCCUCUUAACCCGGAUUCUUUAUCCAGCUCCAGAGCCGAGUUACUCCUCGGACAGUUUUCCUAACGAGCUCGUAUGGAUUCCAAAAAGAAGCUCGUUGGACGGUGACAUUCCACCGGUCGGAGUUGACAGCGUGCCAUGCUUGUUGUUGACGUACCCUUACAGCAGAUACCUGGUCCUUUUCUUUCACAGCAAUGCGGAGGAUUUGGGCAGAUGCUACUCAUUUUGUCGCCUCUUGCGAGAGAAAUUCCAGGUGCAUGUGCUGGCCGUGGAAUAUCCAGGCUACGGUCUAUGCCCGGGUGUGGCCACUGGCAAGACAGUGAUGGAGAAUUCGUUUUCUGCUUUGCAUUUUGCGACACAAAGCUUGCAUUGGCCAUUGGACGGCAUUUUGACUUUUGGCCGGUCAAUUGGUACAGGGCCUGCGGUGAAGCUGGCCUCACUUUUCUGUUUUGCUGGAGUAAUCCUGGUCACCCCCUUCCUUUCGGUCGCUGACCUCUUUAAGGACAGGGUAGGCCCCUUGUCGAGUCUUUUUGAAGAGUGGUAUCCGAACAUUGACCUGGCUUCGAGAAUCAAGUGCCCCGUCUUGCUCAUUCAUGGCAAAGCAGAUAGCAUGAUUGGGUUCCACCACGCCGAACUGCUGUACGCUGCGAUCAGCACACGGAAAUUGCUUGUCUCGCCGGCAGCGCUAUCGCAUAACACAAACUUAAUGAACGAUGUGAGCUAUCUGAUAUUGCCUGCAACCCACUUCUUCUCGCUUCCGGACUAUGUCUUCCAUGACUUACAGGUGCCACAGUGGGCCUUUGACGUGGAGCGUGCGACAUCCAGACCUGCUUGGUCUGCAUUCUUUCAACGUGAAGGCAAAGCUCUCCUUCAGUUGGGUCAGUUUACAGCGAGACCAUUGGCUGGCAACAUGCCAUCGGCCUCUGCGCCGUGUUGCGGGUCAG